UGGGAUGGACCUCCACUGGGGACAAUGUUCCCAUCCCCAUGAGGGCAUCCCCAGCGCCUCAUCUCCUGCUGUCACCCCAUCUCCCUGCCUUGCUCACCCCAGAGCUCCCUCAGACCCCACUUAACCAACUUGUCUGAACUGCUGCACAUCAGAGACCCCCAGCCUGUCCUCUGCAAACCCAUACAAGAAAUCCCAAGGUUUUAGUCCAAGCCAAACACUCCACAGCAGAACAGGCCCCCAGCAGACCCAGCUUCCCCCAGGAGGGGACUUGGGACUGCAGACGUACCAGCCCCACUUCCUGCAAUUCACUCCAUUUCCCAUUGCCAUACAAUGCGUUUAUUAUUUUGUCCAUAGGAAGCAUCACUUCACGUUGUUCCUCCUGGAUUUUCUCCUGUGCUGGUCCCAUUAGCAAAGAAAUAUGCCUCUUGCAGGGCAAGCAAAUGGUCCCUCAUGCUGACUGAUAUCAGAGCUGAGAGGUUCCUCUCCUGCUUGGGGAAGGGUUCUCCUUUGUCGGACAGCAACAGGAGCAGGGUUACAGCCUAUCGGGUUUCUUGCCUUCCUGCAGGUCCCCAGUUCCGAGCUGCAGGAUUCUGUGAGUACCUCAACUCCAGUUUCUUUCCCAUCAGGAAGUGACAGCUCUCUGCAGAGAAAAAUCACGAUUCUCUGUAGAUACAGGAGAACCAGAAGCUGCCUCAAAGGUAUGAAAGCUCUUCAUCACAUUUAAUAGAUUCUGGGCACACGACUUGUGCAUGUUCACUAAAAAAUACCUGGCUUGUGCUUUACACAAGAGCUUAGUAUGAAUAGGUUGGCAAUGACCAAAGAUUAUUUUCUGUAAAAUAAAUCCAGUCUUCCAAGAACUGCUCUGUAAAGACCCGUGUGCCAUGGGGACCGGCCCCAGCCCCGCACACUGCUGGCCCGCUCAGCUCAGUCCCUGCGUGGGGCUGAGAGCUUUGUGCGAAGGAGAGCGGCUCCUCCGAGUGCCCCAGGCUGUUGGUCAGACAUCCCAGGCUGUUUGUCAGACAUCCCAGGCUGUUUGUCAGACAUCCUUCAGGUGCAUCCUGUCAGACAUUUCCCAGUGCCGAGCGCUCGCAGAGGUGCGGGUGAUCUGCCCUUGGCCUCCUGCCCACAGGAUACCAGUCUGAAGGCAGAGCCGACCUUCCGCUGCAGGCUCAGAUAAAGCCUCAUGCAGCUGCUUAGGAGUUCCUUCGUGUCUUCUGCUUUUAAAAAUACAGAUGUGCAGAGUGCAAAAUGGGUGUCCCACAUCUCCUGCUGGAGUGCUGAGCAGCGGGGAAGGGCUCGGCAGGGGUGUGAGGGGAGCCCAGUGACCAGCGAGUCCCUGCAGACAGCUCCAGAAAUGGGGCUGAAGUGGAUGGGUGUGGGCUGGACGCAUGCCCUGGCCUCAGCAGGAGGACAUCCUCACAGGAUAUCCUGGUAGAACAUCACUUUGCUUCAGGAUCAACCUUUAACCUCCGCAGAGAGAUGCUCUGGCACAAGUCCAACCCCCCUUGUACAAAUCUGAGCUCUUUGCAAGCAAUUGCACGCCAUUAUUUCUCCCGGGGAUCACCAUCAGCUGCUGAAAAUGAUUCAUGAGGAGAAAAGAUGAAUGAUGAGCAGCUCUUGCACCUUCCAAACCACUCUGCAGGGUUGGUCCCAGCCGUGGAGCCAGGGACUUGCACUGCGGUUGGUGUUACCUCUUUCGCUUCUCUUCCACAGUUAUGUUCUUGCUCAUUUUUCGGGCUCAUAGGACAGACUAAAGAAAAUAAAUAUAGAACAGGAUAGGGUAGGGUAGGGUAGCAUAGGGUAGGAUAUUCGAAAAGGACCUACAAAGAUAAUCAAAGAACACUUAUUUUCUACUGCACUUUAAGUACAAGAUGAAAGGGGAAUGUAGCAGCAUCCACCUCAGCUUCACCAACCCCGGGGACCAGAAGAUGCAGCACUGCGAAUGAGGCAGCUUGGGAGAAGUCACACGAUGUGUAGGUGUGCCAGUGCUCAGCAGCCGUGAAAGAAGAAGGUCAUUCUCAGCAUAGGGGAAAUAAAAGUUAUAUAUGUGGAUAUAUAGAUACACUUAGAUAUCUAGGGCAGGGCAGGGUAGGGUAGGGUAGGGUAGGAUGGGAUAGGGUAGGGUAGGAUGAAGAUAUGUGGAUAUAUAGAUGCACAUAUAUAGAUAUGGAAAAGGAAUUAAAGGAUGCAAAAACUGAAAAAGAAAUUGGGAACGAUGGACAAUCUGUUUUUGUAAAAAAGUACUGUUUGGGGAAAAUGUCAAUCUUAAACCAUCACAUCAUUUCAGAAAUAAGUUCCAAACCCCUCUACGCUUUAGCCUGUAGGCUUCAUCAUCUGAGGUUCACAGUAACAGAAGGAAAUGCAAGGAAAUCACUGCCUCCCAGUAACUUUCUACUCAUCCAGCGUUUGGUUUUCCCUUCUGUAUGUAACAGUUUUCACGAGCACGGGACAGCAAAGAAAAGGAGAAGCAGGCUGACCGAAGCUCACACCCACACUGUGCAAGUUCGGAGCCAACGGAGUGCGUCCGAGCUGUGUCCCGUGGCAUUGGUCGCAGUGAUGUCACCGCCCUGCCAGCUGUUUUCACGUCACUCACUGAAGAAAUUUUGCUUGCUGGAGGGAAACGAAAUCCAGGAUUUCCUGUUCUGCAGCCGCUGUGCCGGGCUGCAGAUGCCGGCAGGAUUCCUUCCAGCGCUCCAAAAACAUGUGGGAGUUUGGAGGGGAGCCGCCGGAGCCGGGAGCGCUGCACGGAGCUGUCGCAAAGCAAAGCCGAGGGCUCGCUGCUCUUGCAGCCUAGCAUGGAUGCCAGCCCCGUGCAGGAUGGGAGCUGCGGGGAGGAAGCCUCCCUCCGCCUGAACCCACUGGUGAGCAAGGAGCCUGGGCCGAGAUGGAGAGCAACGCGUCCUCGGGGAACUGCAGCCAGCCCCAGAUGUCCUUCCAGAACACGCUGUACGCAGCCACCUACACCAUCAUCUUCAUCCCCGGCCUGCUGGCCAACAGCGCUGCCCUCUGGGUGCUGUGCCGCUUCAUCAGCAAGAAGAGCAAGGCCGUCAUCUUCAUGAUCAACCUGGCCGUGGCCGACCUGGCGCACGUCCUCUCGCUGCCGCUGCGGAUGUAUUACUACAUCAACCACACGUGGCCCUUCGGGACCUUCCUCUGCCAGAUGUGCUUCUACCUGAAGUACCUCAACAUGUACGCCAGCAUCUGCUUCCUCACCUGCAUCAGCAUCCAGCGGUACCUCUUCCUCCUGCAUCCCUUCAGGGCCAAGGCCUGGAAGCGUCGCUACGACGUGGGGCUCAGCGCGGCCGUCUGGCUCUUCGUGGGCGCUGCCUGCCUGCCCCUACCCAUCGUCAGGAGCCCGGCCCUGUCCAACAGCACCACCACCUGCUUCUCCGACCUGGCCGUCAAGCAGCUGACGCCGGGAGCCUCCAUCGCUCUGGUGACGGUGGCGGAGCUCUUCGGGUUCGUCAUUCCCUUCGGCAUCAUCGCGUGGUGCACCUGGAAGAUGCGGCAGUCGCUGCGGGAGGGCGGGACGCAGCUGCAGAGCGCCAGCGAGAAGCAGAAGGCGCUGCGGAUGGUGCUGAUGUGCGCCGCCGUCUUCUUCAUCUGCUUCACCCCCUACCACAUCAACUUCCCCUUCUUCAUGAUGGUGAUCGAGAACAUCAUCACGGACUGCACCGUGCACAGCAACACGCUCCGCUUCCACCCCAUCUCCCUCUGCCUGGCCAGCCUCAACUGCUGCCUGGACCCGGUCCUCUACUACUUCAUGACUUCCGAGUUCCAGGACCAGCUGCUGCAGCACGGCUGUGCUGCCCUAUGGGCUCGCCUCACACGCAGCCGACGCAGCCUCUCCGGGAGCGAUGGCAGCCACGACAUCCGCACCAAGAGGAGAAACCUGCCACGGUUUCAGUUUUGGUCCCUCCCCAAGUUCUUUGGGAGGAUAAACAGCAUGGAAAUCCCCCCGAUGCAGCCCGACGAGCUCCUCUUGGAGUCCAUCUCUUGAAAACGAGGCAUUCCUCCCCACCUUGGCAUUUCCAUUGCUUGAGUGAAGAUCGUGUUACGUCUCCAAGUACGCAUUAAUGCAUGUUGGUCUCCAAAUACGUGUUAGUACGUGCUGAAUUACCCUCGUGUGCACCAGCUGUGGGGAUCAGACCUGGGACGACAUUCUGACCGAGGGAGGUUUGGUGUUGCUGUUGGGGACAGUUUGCCUUACAGCAUUCUCCAUCAUGGCACACCUAAAACAUCACAGCCACCACCACCAUCAGUGUUUCUCCCAUGCUGGACUGCGAAGGUCUUGCUCCCCUGCAUUUGUUGGUGUUUCAGUGUUUUACCUGUUUAUCAGCUGCGGAAGCCCUUCUGCUGCAGCCUGGCUCUCCACACACUGGGAUCAGGACGCUCAGCAAUCUGCAUGUAAAGCAAACAUCUCCACAGGGAAAACCAAUAAUCUUGCCAAAACCCAGCUGAGUUGGGACCUCAGGGCUGGGAGGACAAGGGGCUGGCAGUGCCAUUCCUCCUGCCAUUGCAGGAGCCCUUUGCUCAAGCCUCUUCACGUUGAUGCAGAUGCUAUGCAGCCUCUCAGUUCUGCUUCAUAACCCAGAAAUGGUCCCAGCCUGCACUGGGGACCGAGAAGCGUUUACAAACCUGACCCGAGUGCAUCCUAUGAACUUCAAACUCGGGGGGAAAUAAAAUGUUCUCAAUGAGCCUUUGCA